AUGUUAUCCUCUAUACGUACCGUAAACGAUGUUUCCGUGGGCAGAUUUGCAAAUUUAGACGGUCAUUCGACCAUUUUGCAAAGAAGAAAACGUUUUCACGAUGAGAAACAUGCGAUUGUUGAGAGCACAAUCGCUCGCCCAAAAGAACCUAAAGCACGUCAGCCUGCAUUCACAAAUGUGAUCGGAACCAAUCAACCGAUUCGAUAUGCAUGGACAACGGAUGGAACGUAUUGGUGGGUGAAGGACAAAUCAUGGUCGCUAUGGCUUCGAUUCUCGAGUGAAUUGGGUAUAAGUCCGAUGGAAGGAUGGGAAGCAGCAAUUGCAGUGAUUGUUUAUGCCAUCGUCGCUUUGCUAAUCUUUAUCACACUACUCAAACUUCCCUCUUAUUCCGUAUACACCUUUCGAAGGUUGUCCUACUACCUGACAGGCUUUGACAACAGCUCUUGA